GAGUUUUCCAUCGGAUUCGGCAAGAGCGAUAAAUUAAUCGGAUCUAUCCCGACGGUUUUCUAUCAGUAAAAUGAGUCUAAUCCUCAGAUCCUUGUCCCGUGCGGCUGCCGCUCAGUGGACGAAGGCAUCGUUUUCCACCUCGUCGGUCGUGCUGAAGGACCCCCGGCAGCAGAAGGAAGCCCCCAUGGUCGAUGCCAAUCUGGUCAUCGCCGACGACGUUGAGCGUCUCGAACGGGAAAAGCAAGCCAUCACCAUUGCCGUGCCCACGAAGGUCGACUUGAGCCCGAUUUCCGGCAUCCCGGAGGAGCAUAUUAAGGAACGACGCGUGCGAAUCUUCAUGCCAGCAAAGAAUGCCAUGCAAAGCGGAACCAACAACCAGCACCACUGGAACAUUGAGUUCGAUAACCGUGAGCGCUGGGAUAAUCCCCUGAUGGGAUGGUCAUCGAGCGGUGAUCCCCUGUCGAAUAUGAUCGUGGAGUUUGGCUCGGCCGAGGAGGCCAUCAAUCACUGCGAACGGAACGGAUGGAGAUGGUUCGUGGAUAAUCCACAGGUUAACAAGAAGCAACGCGUCAAGAACUACGGAAUUAAUUUCUCGUGGAACAAGCGCACCCGUACGUCCACCAAGUAAGUU